UCUUCUUUCUGUCCUCAUUUCUUUGAUCUAACUUAUUUUCUGGCUUUAUCAACUGCACAGACCAUUAUGUCUACAUUGCAAAUUGGUAAUUCUUGAUUCUGACAUUAUUGGGUAAAUCCAUUUUGGAAACUUCAGAGAUGGGUGAUACACUUGAAGUAUCAGUUUCAUUUGGAAGGUAUGAGAAUGAUGAUGCACUUUCUUGGGGGAAAUGGUCAUCUUUUUCACCAAACAAGUAUUUGGAAGAAGCUCAGAAGUGUAAAACAACUGGAUCAGUAGCACAAAAGAAGGCCUAUUUUGAAGCACAUUACAAGAAAAUUGCUGCUAAGAAAAUUGAGCAAAUAGAAAAGGAAAAAAAGGAACAAUUGGAGCAAGCAAAAAAAAUUGAAUCUUUGGAUGAACCCCAUUUCCAAGAUCAUAGUGAAAGCACACAGUUUUGUGAUAGUCGCUUUGGUUUAUCCAAUGGUGAAGAGGAAAAGACAAGAGUUGAUAUGAAUAAUAAUGAUGUUGUUGAUGAGCCAAAAGUGGAUGUUUCUCUUGAUAUGGAAGGGACAAUCUUGGAAACAAGUGACAAUGGAGAAGUUCCCGAGGUUGAAGAACAGAAUUUUGAAAGAGGAUCUCAAGAUAAUCUGAAAGAGAUUCCACAAGUGGAUAAUGCGGAAAGAAGCUCCUCUGCAAAGAAAAGCAAAACCCCUAAACAGAAUCUAAAGAACACAGCUCGAAAGGUACAUCCAACUUCAGAGGACAGAAUAUCUGUUGGAACAAAGAAGAAGCCUGUAUCACUUGUGACAAAAUCUUCAAGAAUUUCCACUCCAACUUCAAAACCGGUACCAACUUCCAAGGUCAUUUCUUCGUCUCAACCAUCAGUGAAGAAGGUGAAUGGGUUGUCAUAUCAAAGAAGCAGCAAUGCUCCUAUUGCACAAAGCAAUAAACUACUUUCUAGAUCAAUCAAUUCGCCUUCUCAAUCCUCGACAAAAAAGUUGAAUGGUUCAACAUUGCAAAGGAGAAAAAAUUCUCCCAUUCUAAAGAACAAGAGGAUAGCUCCCACAUCAAUGCACAUGUCUCUCAGUCUAGGUCCACCAGAUUCUACAGCUUCUACUACUACAAUGAGAAAAUCGUUGAUCAUGGAAAGAAUGGGGGAUAAGGACGUUGUUAAGCGAGCAUUCAAGGCAUUCCAAAACAAUUUCAACCAAGGAAAACCCGAAGUAGAUAUAAGAUAUGGUGGAUCAAAGAAGGUAUUGCCUAAGCAAUCAGAGAAAAAGAUUUCAGCUUCUCCGACUCAGAGAAAGGAGGUUGAGAGAUUAAGGAAGAGAUCAGAUAAGAUAAUCACUCAAAAAUGCCAAUCAGGGACUAGAUCAAACUCUCUGUCAUCUGGGGCGCCUAAAGAUGCUGGUAUAGAUAGGAAAAAGGCGAACACUGUCAGACCCGCUGGCACAAGAACUGACAGAUCAACUGAUAAAUUGAAGGAGGAUAUCACCAAAGGUAAGAUCCACCGUCCUGGAUCAAAUAGGUGAAGUUAAUACAUGAACUUCAGCAUUAUCAUGAUAUUUUCGUAGAUGAAUUGUUCCCCUCGAUGAGUUAAGCUCGCAUGAAGAAGAACAAACAUCCGAAGAAUUUACUGAGUUUAUUAAAGAGCAAGAGAAAUCAUGUUGUGGAACUGCCCUGCUAGCUGUCUAUUCUCGUAUUUCCGGUGUAUUUGCACUCUAAACUGGACUCCUGAAUUGAGUAUCUUGUUAUCUUACAUAGUGUAAACACCAAUGGUCCAACCUGGUUAAGACAUUGAGUAAGGUAUAGCAUUAUAUCAUAGUGGAAAGUAUAUAAAAAUGUAUGUGGAAGGUAAAGUAUUGAGUUUAGUAAUGGAGAUGACUUAAACUUAUUGUAUUAUAGGGUGAGAAUUAAUCUUAUCAUAUUGAGAUGGUGAAGACAUUUUCAUUCAAUUAUUUGGGCUGAUUGUGGAGUUUGAAGCUAGAGUGGCCAA